CAAACAAGAAAAGGAUCAACUUCAGCCGCAGUCUACGCAACCACUCACGCUGCUAGCACACAGUUAGCACUUCUACCUCGUGCAUACACUUCAACCUGCAACAUGUACGAGGAGCAGGCGACAAAGGUCAAGAUCACGUCGGUGGUGAUCAUUUUUGGCAUGUCUGCGAUGCUGGCGGCAGUGGUGACUGACCAUUGGGCUGUCCUCAGCCCCCGGGUGGAAAAGCUCAACGCCACAUGUGAGGCGGCCCACUUUGGCCUCUGGAGGCUGUGCAAGAAGACCAUCUUCAUAGUUAAAGAAGACCCACUGGGUAAAGGAUGUGGCCCUAUCAGCUUACCUGGAGCAAAAAACUGCUCCUACUUCAAACACUUCACAUCAGGUGAAGAAGCUGAGGUCUUUGAAAUGAAGACUCAGAAAGAGUACAACAUCUCAGCAGCAGCCAUCGCCAUCUUUAGUCUGUUCUUCAUAAUCCUGGGCACACUGUGUGUCAUCUUCUCCUUCGGGAAAGGCCGGGACUACUUGCUUCGGCCUGCUGGGAUGUUCUUUGCCUUUGCAGGUCUCUGCAUUAUCAUCUCUGUCGAGGUGAUGCGUCAGUCUGUUAAGCGAAUGAUCGACAGCGACGAGACCAUUUGGAUUGAAUACUACUACUCCUGGUCCUUCACAUGUGCCUGCGUCUCCUUUACCUUGCUCAUCCUUAGCGGAGGCGCAUUGCUCCUCAUCUCCAUGCCCCACAUGCCCCGUAACCCCUGGGAAACAUGCAUGGAUGCUGAGCCUGACACCUUGGAUUAGCCAAUCAACAGAAAUAUCCGAUUAAAACAAAAAAUCAGAAAGUUGCGUGAAUCAAUAAAUUUUUCUUUCUUUAUUCUUUCGAAAAGGGUCAUGUGGGUUAGACAGCAAUGAUAUAUAAUAUAAUAUAAUAUAAUAUAAUAUAAUAUAAUAUAAUAUAAUAUAAUAUAAUAUGA